GGAUAGGAGGAGCAUCAAUAGCAUUACAGACUGCAGCAAACACAUCUCAUGCAAAAGGCAGAAGAGCAGAGAGGAGAAAACUUUAGAGAAGAGAAAGAGGAAAUACAGUGAUUGAGAGAAAACUAUGCUGCUUGAGGAAGAACAGACAUAAACUGACAAUCGAAUACAUCAGGAAUUACAUAAGCAACAUGUCUCGGUCACCAGGAAGAAAGCCGGAGAACCACAAAAUAAGCAGAGAACUUUUUGUACUGACAUAUGGGGCUUUGGUAGCCCAGCUGUGCAAGGACUAUGAAAAUGAUGAAGAUGUCAACACCUGUUUAGAUAGAAUGGGAUACGGCAUUGGUGUAAGGCUGAUUGAUGACUUUUUAGCUCGUUCAGCUGUUAAAAAAUGCCGCAGUUAUUCGGAAACUGCAGACAUGAUUGCACAGGUUGCUUUCAAGACAUACCUUGGGAUCACCCCUAGUGUGAGUUGCAGUAGUGCUGCAGGAAAUGAAUUCUCCUUAAUCCUGGACAAAAACCCACUAGUGGACUUUGUGGAGGAGCUGCCAGCAGAACGAGCAUCACUUUGCUACUGUAACCUCCUCUGUGGGGUGAUUAGAGGUGCCUUGGAAAUGGUUCACCUAGAAGCAGAAGUCACCUUCCUCCAGGACAGGCUGAAGGGUGAUGCUGUGACAGAAAUAGGAAUUACAUUUUUAAGGAAGCCUGAAGGCAGAAAGCACAAAAGGAAUAAAUGAAAGAAAUAUUGGGAGAAACCCUUGCUGAGGGAUAUUUUGCAGCUUUUGUUUC